AUGCUGCUAUCACUACCAGACGAACUCCUCCUCCAUAUUCUAAACUACUACAUCUUACAAGACAAAAACCACACCGCCUUAAUUCCUGUUGCAAGGACAUGUCGAGGACUAUGCGCAUUAACACUAGAUUGGGCCCUAUGGUCAGGUCCCGUGAACAUCAUUAUCCCAAAGUCAUCAUCCUAUACGACAAAAGAUUUAUAUGGCAUUCUUGAGCAAAGCCGGUGUUUUAAGAAAAAGGAUUGGCGUACAACACACUUGACACUCGCAGUGGAAGAUACCAAUGCAUGUACUUUUGCCGCUGAGUUGUUGCAACAAAUUAUACAACGACAGCAACAGCCAUUGACAAGCAUGCAGGUUCAUGUACCGUGCUGCAUUCAUCCGAUAUUAUUGAAACAAUCGUACUUUUGUAAAGAAGCGAUCACAUUGAGAGACGCACAUGAUGAUCAUUGGAGUACCACUACAACCACCACUACCACCACCAGCCCCAUCAUCAUUGAUCAUGACACCUUGCCACUUUCAUCCACCCUCAAAUCGUUAGAUGUACCCACUUGCUCUAUUGACAAUUGGAUGCGAGACCACCACCGGAUAUUUCCACAGCUGGAAAAGUUGUCAGCCAGGUUGACUACCGAGAUUGAUGGAAAACAACUCAAGCGAAUAUUUCCCUGUUUAAAGCAGCUUGAACUACACCUUGAAUUUGCAGAUGAUGUCUCUUUGCUCAGACCCCUUUUGACUGAUAAGCAACUCUACCCCUGGCUAGAAUCACUCCAUGUUGUAUGCAAGGACGAUUUGCGGUUACGGCUGGGUCAAGAUGAAAUUGAGCAAGUAUUGAGAUCACUCGAUGGCAUGUCACGUCUCAGUAUUGGAUGGGAUAUGGUGGUCAUAGACGCCCUUUGA